UAUGAUUAAACCUUUCAGAGGAACUGAUGGAGCAUAAUAUGCUCACAAUUUUAAAAAUACAUAUCUCUCAGAAGCUGAACUUUAAAAGCCUUCUAAAGAGGUUAGUGAAUAGAUUGCAAUUCACACUAAAAAAUAAUUAGAUUAAUUAGUGUUCUCUAAGUAAUGUGCAACUAUGGGAUAAUUGAGAGCAUCAGAUGGAGCUGCCCAAUAAUAUAUUAAAUAUACUCCAAAACAAGGUGAUUCAUAAUAAACUGGUUAGGAGAGAAUAGUAAAGUAGAAGCAUUUAUUUAUUUUAAAGAGUUUAAGCCCAGUAAUUGGAUCCAAUGGAACCUCCUCGUUUUAAACAUAAAAGAAUUCCUAAAGGUCCUGGAUCACCUCCACCUAUAUAAAUGAGAUCACCACCAAGAAAAUUAACUUUAAAAGAUCAACAAGAUUGGAAAAUUCCUCCAUGCAUUUCUAAUUGGAAGAAUGCCAAAGGUUAUACAAUACCAUUAGAAAUGAGAUUAUCUGCAGAUGGUAGAACACUUUAACAUGUAUUUAAUUAUUAUCUAUUUUUAAAAGCAUACAGUAAAUGCCAAAUUCGCUUAAUUAACUGAUGGUCUCUAUAUUGCAGAAAGAUAAUCUAGAAAAGAAUUAGAAGAAAGGAAUAAGAUUAUAAAAUCUAUGCAAUAUAAAGAAUAUUAAGAAAAAGAAGAAGAAAAUAGAUAAAAAGCUAUGGAAGCUAGAUCAAGAAAGAAUCUACUUUUGGAAUAAACAACUAAAUAAGAAGAUGUCCCUGAAAGUUAAUCAUAACAAGAUAUAUAAGCAAGAGAAGAAUUAAGAUAUUUAAGAAAAAGAGAACUUGAAAGAUAAUUAAGAUAGGAGAAUCAAGGAAAGAAAAGCAAGCUUAAUAGAGAUAAUGACAGAGACAUUAGUGAAAAAAUUGCCUUAGGUUAAGCUUAACCUACAACUCAAAAUACUUUAUAUGAUCAAAGAUUAUUCAAUUAAACUCAAGGAGUAAAUCAUGGAUUUGGGGAUGAAGAUGAAUAUGAAGCAUUUGACAAACCCUUAUUCAAUGACAAACCAAGAGCCAAUCUAUAUACUGGUAUUUAACAAGGUGAAGAAGAUGAUAAGUAUUAUUCUUAAAUUAUUUUUAGUAAUAAGAAUAUAAGAAAUGUUCCAGUUUAAUUUGAAAAAGCUGAUAAUAUCUUUGGUAUGGAUUCAUUCAUUGCAGAUCCUGUUGCUAAAAAAGUUAAGCUUGAUUGACC